AGGAUAAUCGAUGCCUUAGAAGAAGAAAAGCAGUUCCUGACCAUGUCAAUCACAGAUUACCUGAAGGACUAUCAAGAACUACUGCAGGUGAAAGCAGGUCUCAUCCUUGAAAUUGAAACGUACAGAGCUUUGUUAGAAGGGGAGAGCAACCAGUGGAUUAUUACGUGGAGAGAUCGGUAUGCAGGGAAAUUGCCUCAAGAUAUUAUAAACACUUCAUAUAACUACACUGAUAUUUACUCUACUUAUCAAGAAAGAAAUAGAAAUAAAGGCUCACCAGCUGUCAGGAUCACCGAUACGAGACACAGAAUGCCCGUGACAAAUACUAGCAGUUCUGCACAUUAUUCAGCUUGGUCAACACAGGCUGGAUCACAGACAACAGCUAGUGGAAGAGCUGUUGGAAGAGAUGUACUGGGGUCAAUAUAUCGACCUUCAACAACUGUUACAAAGGAUGAAAGGAUUGUAACAGACCACAAAGAACUCAGAACCUUUACUCCAGCCUACAGUAGCUGGAGAAGCACUGAAAUGCAGCAAAAGACAAUUCCAGAAAGAAAGAGAACAGAAGUUACAACUUCAUCCACAGUAUCUGUUUCAAAAGAAUCAGCACAUGCUGAAAGAUCAGACAAGGACCGCAAGCCUGACACAAAGCCAGGGAUUUCGGAAAAUAUACGAGCAAAACCGAGCUUCACUAGAUUUCCGACUUACGAGCUGAAUACCAAUUUUAAACCAUCUAAAUAUGAAGAAACCAUAACUGAAACUCAGACCACACUAAGAAGAGGCAGCAAACCAACUGAAGAGAAGAAAGCUCUGCUGAAAGAAAGAGAUAAGCUAGAGAAACAAACAGAGGAAGAGAAAAAGAAAACAGAUGAGAAACCUUUUACAGAUGAAAGAAGCGUUGAUUUUGGAAGGAGGACCGAACAUAAAAGAUCUAUGCGCGAGGAAGUGAGGUUAACAGGGAGUGAUAUUUCUAAUGCAAGAACAUUCAAAAGCGAAUCAACCAAAAAAGAUACAAAUGCAACCUUGGAAUCAAGAAGAAAAGAAGCGAUUGAGAUACCCAUCAGUCUUGAAAUGCCUGCUCCUGACAAAGAAUCUCAGAGUAAUAAAGGUUUUAAAACUUCCACAGGAAGAGGAACAGAUGACCAUGUAACCAAACCUGCUGAAAUUCACAAAGUGCAUGUUUCAGAAGCAGAAUCUAGUCUGAACGAUGAAGAGCGAGUUAGUGCUGGAAGUCAUAAAACAGGAAAUCUGUCAACUGAAAAUAUCGCGGAGAAUAUCGUUGCUGAUAUUCUUAAAAGUUUUACGCAGUCUUCUAGUUCACAAGUAUCAACAGACACAAAAGUGACCUAUUUUAAUAAGCAAGAACAACCAGAUGAUGGGAAAAUCAAGACUGAGAUCACAGUGCAAUCUCAAGUUCAAGAAAACAUAGAUAUUUCUGAUGAAGCUGGUGGACGAGGUCUAUCAAAGCAGGAUGUCAGAAGAGCAGUUCGAGAGGGUGUUGAGGGAACUCCUUCCAAAGAGGAGAUAGAAGAUAUAGUACAUCACGGCCUCAAAGGAAAUGAGGGUGGAAAGAAUAUAUCUGUUAAUGUUGAGAUUGUAGAAGAGCCACUGGAUUAUGCCGCUGAUGAACGGACUGAUUUUUCAACGCCUUUUGAAGUAGAGGAAGUGGAAGAUACAUUCCCUGAGAGAGAGAGGCGUUAUGGUGAUGAGGAAGAAAACGUAACAUUCACUUAUGAAGAUGUCAAAAAGAAGAAACGCCAUGAGAGCUUCACUCGUGUGGAAGAAGUAACUGGGGAAGAUGACUCACCUAUUGAACAAAAAUACUUUGUAUCCGUUCCUGAUGAUCAUCCUAUUAUUAAUGAAAAAGACGAUGACUCAAUAUAUGGGCAAAUUCACAUAGAAGAAGAAUCAACUAUUAAGUAUUCCUGGCAAGAUGAAUUUUUGCAAGGCACACAAAGUAAGAGAGAUGAAGGUGUAAGCUCUCCAGAAGAAACGUAUCAAGUGGUAGGGGAGGAAGCAAGUGCUCAUAUUUUAAAAGAGCAUCCUGAAGGUGAAACAUCCCAUGUUGAAUCCAUUGUUAUCGAGAAAGAAAUUAAAAUUCCCCAUGAAUUUCAGAGUUCAAUAAAAGGACUUUUAUCAAAGGAAACAAAGGACCCUAAACACCAGCUGAAGGAAGCUUUGGGGCAGUUGGAGGACAGCCUCCCAGAAAGUGUGAAGGAGGAGCUGUCUGCACUAACAAAACAAAAUGAAGCUGACUCUAGUAGCUUAGAAUUUGAUAUCAAAAAAGUCGAUAAAAAGGAGGAGGGUGGCAUGGUGACAAUUGUUGCUGAAGUCAACCUGUCACAGACCCUUAAUACUGAUGAAUUUGAUGUAGCUCAGCUUGGUGAAGUAAUUGCAAGUGAAGAAGAUAAGGCAACAUUGCACUUCCUGACAAAAGAGAGCUCGGAGAGAGUUGUUGAUGGUAGAAGUAAUAUGGCUCAUCAAGAAAUCUAUAACUCAUCCACAGUCAGGAGGAGCGGUGGCACAGGAUAUCAUACUGCUGAAGAAGUUAUUUAUGACGGUUCAGUUUUGGAAACUGCACAUUUUGGCGAAGCCUCUUGCUCACCACAAUCAACUGGUGAGACCAAGCCCACAAGACAUGUUAAGGUUGGUCCAGCAGAAGUUCAGAGGUUUGAGCAGAUCGUGUAUGAAGUGCCUGGUUCUGAAAUGUUGGAGCUUAGUGCUACAGAAGAUCUUGUUCAGACAGAAGGAUCAUCAGAGUUUAGCCGAUCUGUGAAGCAUUUUAAGCUGGGUCCCAAAGAAAUCCAAACCACAGAAGAAGUAAUUUAUACAGGCCCUAUUACUACAACUGUAGAGGAGAUUGAUUCUGGAAAUCUUUCCCAGAAGUUUUCAACAGACUUCAACAGGUCCACAAGACAUGUCACAGUAGGAUCAAGGCAAGUAACUGAAGAAGUCUCUUUCGAAGGGCCUGUUUCAGACUUGCUGGAGACAGAAGGGUCUGUGGAUGUCAGCAGAUCAAUAAGGCACUUUAAAUUAGGUCCAAAAGAGAUUCACACCGAGCAAGUUAUCUUUGAAGGACCAAUCUCUGGUAAAGUGGAGGUCAGUGACACCAGAGGCUUCUCACAGGCAGAAAGUUCAGUCAGACACAUUCAGCUGGGUCCCCAAGAGUUUAUGACCGCUGAAAAAGUAAUCUACCAGGGGCCCAUCUCUGAGCACACAGAAAUCAGUGAACUGGAAGACCAGACUCUUUCAGGAGGCUCAGUAAAGCGUUUCAGAAUAGGUCAAGUGGGAGUUAAAACCACUGAACAAAUCGUGUAUCACAGCUCCCAUUCUGAAACUCCAGAGCUCAUUAACAAAGAAGGACACCUUUCAGAGAAUGAAGGAGGCUCAGAUGCCAAUAGAUCUUUCAGGCACAUUAAAAUAAGUCCUGUAGAAACUCAUGCUGAGCAAAUAAUCUUUACAAGACCUACUUCUGAAACGGUGGCAGAUCAUUCACAAACGGAAGAGUCAUCUGAGAGCAGUAGGUCUUUAAAGCAUAUUAAAGUAGGAUCCAAGGAAACAUCCUAUACUUUUCAAAUGGACGUUUCCAGCAUGGGUGGAAUAUCUACAGGGAAAAGUGGAGAACAGCAAGCGACAAUGCUCAUUACCCGUAAGCAAGACUCUUCUGUUAUUCAGCCACAGAUUGCAGUCGAAAGUGACCAGGUUGUAGAAAAUGAAAAUCAAAGAAGAGACUAUGUCCUUUCCAGUUUUUCUCAAGAUCAUGGUGAAGAGGUAGUGGAAAAGUCAUUUUUUGAUAAGACUGUACAGUUGCAACGAAUGGUAGACCAAAGGUCAGUUAUUUCUGAUGAAAACAAAGUUGCUCUUCUCUAUCUGGACCAUGAGGAGGAAGAUGAUGAUGAGAAUGAUGGCCAGUGGUUCUGA